AUGGAUUUAAAAAGAAAAUUUGGUAAUUCAUUAGGAUCAACAGCACCAACAUCAAUUGGUAUUUUAGGAGGAGGCGGUGGAGGAGUUUCAAUUACAAAAUUAAUUGUUAAAAAUAUUCCAAAAUCAAUUAGCAAAAAUGAAAUUAUUGAAAAUUUAAAGAAAAUUAUUCAAAAUCCUUCUAUAAAUAUUACAAUUCCAAUUACUUUACCACCAGAUUUAAUUGGUAAAGUUGAUGCUGAUACAACUAUUUCAUUUUUAUCAUCUCAAAAUUUAUCACAAUUAUCAAUAAUUAAAAAUUUAGUUAAUGGUAAAACCAUUGGUGAUAAAAAAGUUAUUGUUGAUUUUUAUGAUUUUAAAAAAGUAAUUCCAACACCAACACCAAUACCAACACCAACACCACCAACUAAAACACAAGAAGAAUCAAAUAAAAAAAUUAAAUUAACAAAUGAAAAACCAAAAGAAAAGAAACCAAAAGAAAAGAAACCAAAAACAACACCACCACCAACCACAACAACGCCAAAUGAACCAACAAUAGCUACAGCUACAGCAACAACAACAACAACAGAAACAACAGAAACAGAAAAAACAACUGAAAUUAAUGAAGAAAAAAAAGUAAAUCAAAAGAAAAAUAAAAAAUUAAAUGAUAAAAAAGAAGAAAAAGAAAAAGAAAAAGAAGUAAAAAAAGAAGAAGAACCAAAAAAAGAAUCAAUUGUUAGAAAUAAUAGAGCAGUUAUUAAUAAAAUUACAUCACAAAUGUCAUCAUGUGCAGAAGCAAAAGAUUAUGUUCAAUUGGUUAAAGCAUAUAAUUAUUUAAAAAAGAUUGGAGCAAAACCAGAUCAUAUUACCUAUGGUGUUAUGUUGAAUGCAUGUGUAAGAUGUCAAGAGUAUAAAAAAGUGAAAGAAGUUUUUCAAGAUGCAGUUAAAGAUGGUAAUGCCAAUGAAGUGGUUUAUACAAUCUAUGUGAAAGCACUUUGUGAAAUUGAUAUGGAUGAAUCAUUUGCUACAAUUAAGGGUAUGAUUGAAACCAAACCAAAUAUUCGUACUUUUAAUUCCAUAUUUCGUGGUUGUAUUAGAUCUGGUGAUAUUGAAAUCACUAAAUCAUUAAUACAAUUAAUGAAAGCCAAUGAGAUCUAUCCCGAUUCAACCACCAUUGAAUAUUUGAUAAAAAUCUAUUCUCAUCAUUUAAUGGUACAAGAGAUUUGGGAUUUACUAGGUAAAGUUUAUGAAAGAAUGCAAGGUCAAAUAUCACCCAUUUGUUUCUCACGUCUAUCAUUGGCAUCGUUAUUAGCUGGUGAUAUUAAAUCCUCGGUUAAAGCAUUGGGUAUCACUGAUGACAUUCUAUCGAAAGCACCAAGAUCAACUCAAACCACUCAUAAAAAUAAAGGUAAACUUUCAGAAAAGAAUAAGAUCUCCUCUUCAUUGUUUGAAAGAAUUAACAAACAGGAGAUCAAUGAAGAAUCUGAUCGUGUUAGAAAUUAUCUUUCAAAAAUGACAGAAUCACGUUCAAAAAUUAAGUAUCAUAAUAUGGAAAGUUUUAAUCGUAUUUAUUUCUCAAAGAAUACUUUUAAGAAUAAUGUCAAUCGUAGUAUCGAUCAACAAUGUAAACCUGUCACAGUUGCAACCUCACCAGACUCUACAUUAUCGUCAUUCAAUGGUUUAUUCAAUUCUUAUAAAAAGGGUGGUAGCAAUUUCAAUAGUAAUAGAUCACUUAAAAUGGAGAUUUGUUCAGGUCACGGUCAUUGGGUGACUGAAAGAGCCGGUCAAGAUUUAGAUGCAGAUUGGAUCUCUUUGGAAAUUCGUUACGAUCGUAUCUUUCAAAUUUGGAGUAAAAUGAUACUUGAAGCAAUUGAUAACCUUUAUAUAGUGGGUGGUGAUGCUCAUGGUUCGCUAAAAGAGAUCAUACCAGAUAAUAUCUUGAAUGAAGUUUAUAUCAAUUAUCCAAAUCCACCAGUUUGGUCUGGUGCUGAACGUCUUAUCAAUGAGUUAUUCCUCAUUGAAAUUAAUAGAUGUUUAAAAAAAGAUGGUACACUCACAAUUGUAACUGAUGAUAAAGAUUAUAGUGAUCAAAUUAUAGAUAUCCUUACAAAAUCAAAAAAAUUACUAAAAAUUUAUAAACCAGUUAAAGAAACUUACUUAAUUCAAUUAUCUGAAGAUUAUGGUUAUUCUUAUUUUAAUAAACUUUGGAAUAAUGGUCAAAGAGUUAAAAGAUAUUGUAUUUAUAUUUCAAAAAUUAUUAAUUAA